UCAGUUAAAACUGGAUGCGAGGACUACGGAGGGAAAGAGGCGUGUCAAAAGAAAGGAAAAUUCUUUACUUGCAAUAAUGACAAACUAAAUGCCUCCAAAUACUCAUGUGACUGUCUCCCUGGGUACAAAAUGGAGAAAGAAAAAUGCAUUGUUAAAACUGGAUGCGAGGACUACGGAGGGAAAGAGGCGUGUCAAAAGAAAGGAGAAUUCUUUACUUGCAAUAAUGACAAACUAAAGGCCUCCAAAUACUCGUGCGACUGUCUCCCGGGGUACAAAAUGGAGGAAGAAAAAUGCAUUGUUAAAACUGGAUGCGAGGACUACGGAGGGAAAGAGGCGUGUCAAAAGAAAGGAAAAUUCUUUACUUGCAAUAAUGACAAACUAAAUGCCUCCAAAUACUCAUGUGACUGUCUCCCUGGGUACAAAAUGGAGAAAGAAAAAUGCAUUGUUAAAACUGGAUGCAAGGACUACGGAGGGAAAGAGGCGUGUCAAAAGAAAGGAAAAUUCUUUACUUGCAAUAAUGACAAACUAAAUGACUCCAAAUACUCGUGCGACUGUAUCUCUGGGUACAAAAUUGAGAAAGAAAAAUGCAUUG